AUGAUGGAAAAUUAUAGAACGCGCAUAGGGCCGCUGCCUGGGGGUCGCCGGGGCGCGUCUGGAGCUGGCGCUGGACGUGACAGCAUGCGAGCCGCCAGCCGAGCGCGAGGUGCUGCACGACCACCUAGCAGCCCCUCGCGUCCAUCAUCCCCACCAGACGGCUUGGCGUCGGCGGGGUCCUCUCGGACUCGGCAAGCGGCACCCGCCGCUGGUGGAGUACGCCGCAUGCGUUGGACAAAACAUAUGAACAUAAACGCAUUGCGGGCGUACUAUAGGGCGAAAGGGGAAGAAACUGGAGGGAUAGCGUAUCGGGCUCGGAUGCAUCGCUUUUUUGCUGAGCUUGAGCCGUCAGUUCCCGUCACGGAGCAAAACCUGGCAGACCGAGUUCGGUACAUCAUACGCUCGAAAAUAUUUGAUGAUGCCGAACUCGAACGACUACGACGUGAGGCUAUUCCCUCAUCGAAUGAACCGGCUAGAGCUGGGGAUCCGGCUCUUCAGGCCACAGACCAGCAGCCACAUAUAGAGGGCGCCAUGGAUCUCCCUGCUCUGGUUGAUUCAGGCGAUGAUGGAAUAGUCACCCAAGAACUAGAGCAGAUGAGGAGUAAAUUGGAGGAGGCGAUUGUGGAAACGCGCAGUACGCCUCUCGAAAAUCGACCGCGACUCCCGCGCAUACCCCUAAGCAAGCGGAAUCGGGCUGUCGUGAGGGCUCUCAACCCAAUGCUGGUUACCUAUUUGGAAGCCAGCCGGGACCUUUGCGAGACGGACUCAAUUCUUUUUGGCGCCGCACUGGCAGUUUGUCGUAUUGUUGGCGCCAAACUUCCCACGGCUGGACGCGCUACUAGACAAAGUAGCGCCAUCCCAGCCUGGAGAAGAAGGAUUGAGGACCGUAUCGUAAAGGCAAGGGCCCUCAUCGGCAGGCUGAUAAGCUUCAGGUCGGGCAAUAAUAGGCCGCGAAUUGUGCGCACCGUCAGAAUGGCGUUUGCUGGGACAAAUAUCAGUUUGUCCCAGCCGGAUAUAACGCAAAAACUGACGGAGCGCAUAGACGACCUGAAGCAGAGAAUCGCUGCUUGGGGGAAGCGGAUUCGGCGAUAUACCGAGAGGUCGACACGGUUCAACCAGAAUCGUCUCUUCCAGAGUGAUCAGAAGAGGCUAUAUAAAUCAUUGGAGCGACCAAUGGUACGUGGAACGGGCCAAGCACCGAAUCAGGCCGACACUGUCGCAUUCUGGCGCGGCCUGUGGUCAGAGCCCGUAAACCACCGCGAGGGCCCUUGGACGGAAGCUGUGGUGAGUCAGUGUGCGAAUCUUACGCCCAUGGACCCCGUCAUUAUAACGCCGGACGAUGUAGCUGAGGCGGUCCGAAGGGCCCCGAACUGGAAAAGUCCGGGGCUCGACGGGCUGCAUCACUACUGGCUGAAGGGGUUCGUGGUGUGUCACGCUGUGCUCGCCCGACAAUUUCAAGAGGCUCUCGACCAAAAGUCGCUCCCGAGCCUCUUCACUACUGGGAUCACUCAUUUGGUUCCUAAAGACCGGGAUACCAUAGACCCGAGCAAAUACCGCCCCAUCACGUGUCUACCCACGAUAUAUAAGACACUAACAUCCAUUUUGAGCGCGAGAAUCACUCGUCACCUGAACUCAAAUCAGGUGAUGUCGCGCGCUCAAAAUGGAUGUCGGGGCGGUGGUCGUGGAACCAAGGAACCACUCCUCAUUGACGCGGUCAUUGGCAAAGUGGUUAAACGCAACCGUCGGAACCUAUCCGCCGCCUGGAUAGACUACAAAAAGGCAUUCGACUCGGUGCCUCAUACAUGGCUGGAGAGGGUCCUCGAGCUGUACAAGGUUGACUGUACAGUUAGAGACUUCCUUGGGCAGUGUAUGGGGUAG